AUGCAAACCCUCGUCCUCCCCGACGUCAUGGCCGUGGCGGCGGCGACGUCCGACGUGCCCUCGCGCACGCAACCUCUGCCCCGCCGCGUCUCAGUGUCGAUGGCGCGGGCGCCACGGCGGGAGUCGGACCCGAAGAAGCGGGUGGUGAUCACGGGGAUGGGCGUGGUGUCGGUGUUCGGCAACGACGUGGGCGCGUACUAUGACCGCCUCCUCGCCGGGAGCGGCGGUGCCGGCCCCAUCGACCGCUUCGACGCCUCCGGGUUCUCCACCCGCUUCGCCGCCCAGAUCCGCGGUUUCUCCUGCGAGGGCCACAUUGACGACGAGAGCGACCGCCGCCUCGACGAUUGCCAGCGCUACGCCCUCGUCGCCGCCAGGAAGGCCCUCGCGUCCGUCGGGCUCGCCCUCGGCUCCAGAGCAAUGUACAAGAUCGACAAGGAACGCGCCGGCGUGGUCGUGGGCUCCGGCAACGGCGGUGCGACGACAUUCUCGGCCGGGGUGGAGGACUUCGUGAGGAAGGGGCCGAGGGGAGUCUCCCCCUGCACCAUCCCGUUCGCGAUGCCCAACGCGGUGUCGGCGCUGGUCUCCGUCGACGCCGGGAUCGGCUUCCUCGGCCCCAACUACUCCAUCUCCACGGCCUGCGCCACGUCCAACCACUGCCUCCACAGCGCCGCGGACCAGAUCCGGCUAGGCCGCUCCGACGUCAUGGGCGGCGCGGAGGCCGCCGUCGCGCCCGUCUGCCUCGGCGGGUUCGUGGCCCUGCGGGCGCUGUCGCGGCGGAACGGCGACCCCGGCGCGGCGUCCCGGCCGUGGGACAGGGACCGCGACGGCUUCGUCUUGGGCGAAGGCGCCGGGGUACUGGUGAACUACGUGAACGCUCAUGCGACCUCCUCGCUUGCCGGGGACCUGGCAGAGGUGAAGGCACUGAAGCAGGUGUUCAAGAACCCGUCCCAGAUCAAAAUGAACGCGACCAAGUCCAUGAUCGGGCAUUGCCUUGGCGCGGCCGGCGGGCUAGAAGCCAUUGCUACCGUCGAAGAACCACCGGCUGGGUGCAUCCGACCAUAA